AUGGCUCGGCACAGAAAUAUUAGGAAUAUCGACAUUGAUGAUGAAUUGGACGACGAAGAUUAUGAUUACUCUCAUCCCUUUGGCACGUCUUUAGAUGAUGAAAUUCCUCCCUCGCCUGGGACGGGUUCGAUUUUGUUCAUUGGUUUGUCCAAGGUUCGUGCAAAAUUUUUAUAUCACCGGCCUAAUUUUGGAGAACCGUUACAAACCCGCGUUGAGGAAUCACAAGUGAAAAACUAUGGUUUCAACGGCAGUUUUGCUGAGGAGAAAAAAGAUGAAGGGAAAGGAGACUGGCACGAAACUCAGUUUUAUUUAGAAGAGGCAGACGAAGAAGAUUAUAAAAAUGAGGAGCCAUCUCAUGCAGAUAUUCCUCUUCAAGAACCAACUUCUCCGUCGUCUUCUGUCACCGUUCCAGAUGAGAAAUCUGCACAACAAAUCACACCGAAAAAAACUUCUCAAAAACAAGCUGCUGUAAUUCAGAAUGCUUCAUCCACAGCAUCACGGCCUCGUAAUACUGAAUCUUUUCAACCCGUCUUACCUGAAAUAGAGAAUUUGCGCGUUUCUGGAAAUGAUAGAAAAGAUACUUCAAAGACAUUGAAUAGUAAUUCUGCUUUAAAACCUGCAUCAAGCUCAAGAAGAUUAUCUGCUCUUGCUGCGGCCCAAGCCUCGCCGACAGCCAGUCCCAAGAUUCGGUAUAGGGCGAAAGAUGCGAAACCACUAAUUAACUUUGUCAUAGUUGGUCACGUUGAUGCUGGCAAAAGUACACUUAUGGGGCAUCUUUUAUACAUGUUAGGUUGUGUGGACGAACGAACGAUGCACAAGUACAAACAGGAAGCUAUGAAAACUGGAAAAGCUUCAUUUGCAUUUGCGUGGGUACUCGACGAAACUCAAGAGGAGCGUGAGAGAGGUGUCACAAUGGACAUAGCUCGAACCUCUUUUGAAACGCCAAACAGAAAAAUUGUGAUAUUAGAUGCACCCGGACAUAAAGAUUUCAUUCACAACAUGAUUGCUGGUGCUGGUCAGGCAGAUGCUGGUCUUUUGGUAGCAAAUGCAACGCGAGGAGAGUUUGAAACUGGUUUCGAUCAGGGUGGGCAAACACGAGAACAUGCUAUGCUGCUUCGUUCUCUAGGUGUUGGGGAGCUUAUGGUCGCUGUCAAUAAGCUUGACACAGUCGAUUGGUCAAAGCAAAGGUACGAUGAGGUGUGUGCUGUUCUUAAAACGUUUCUUUGCAAGCAAGCAGGUUUUUCAAAGGUUCGUUUUGUUCCUGUUUCUGGCCUUUGUGGGAUCAAUCUGGUGGAGCCACCACCUGCUGAACAUCCUCUUAAUAUUUGGUACAAAGGACCAACAUUGCUACAACUUAUUGAUGAAGUGAAAGAGCCCGCUCGAAUGGAAAAUCGACCUUUAAGAGCUGUUAUUAAUGACGUUUUUAAAAGUACUGCGACGUCUGUAUCUAUAUGCGUAAAAGUAGAGGCGGGAUCUCUUGAAAUAGGUGAAAAAGUGUAUAUAAUGCCAAAUGCAGAUCCAGGAGUCGUUAAAAGUUUAUCAAAGGAUGGAACUGAUGAUACUGGAAAUAGUAUAGCGUACUCUGGCGAGCAUGCCUUAGUUACAUUGACAGCACUGAACUCAUUCGAACCUGAUUCUUUUUCUGUUGGUCAAGUUUUGUGUCGAGGUGGCGAGGAAUGCUUGGUUCCUGUGAAAAGGUGUGUAGUUCGACUCGUGGUUUUUAACAUUGUUAUUCCGAUAAUGAAAGGGACCAGAGCUGAUUUAUAUGCACACUCUUUGUGCGAACCAUGCACUGUUGUUCGUCUUGAAGCCACUCUCAAUAAAGCCAGCGGUGAAGUGCUCAGGAAGCGACCAAGAUUUCUAACUAGAAAUACAAGUGGAGUAGUUGAAGUGGAAACAGAUCGAGCGAUUUGUAUUGAACCUUUCUCUCAGUGCAGAUCUUUAGGACGAUUGACUCUGAGGUCUGGUGGGCAGACUAUUGCUGCGGGUAUCGUUGAGAAGGUCCUGUAUUAA